AUUUACCCACCGAAAGGUUUGUAUAUAAGUGAUCUUGUCCGACCCUCUCGGACUCGGGUUUUGCUGCCCAUCACUCACUCACACUCUCUCAACCUUAAACCAACUACUACAUUCAUUCUUUUAUUUUUAUUUUAUUCUCCCUCACCCACGUGUGUGUUCUACCCUUUUCAUCCAAAAUGCAGUUCUUCAAGUUCGGCCUGGUGCCUCUGCUGGCUGCCCUCCCCGGCGCCCUCGCCUGCAACGGCUACACCGGCGGCGUCCCCAAGGCCACCGGCACCGUCUCCUCCAAGUCCUACAUCGAGAUCAAGUCCGGCCAGGUCUUUGACGGACAGUGGAAGCGCUACGACCGCGGCUCCGGUGCCUGCGGCGGCCAGUCCGAGGGUGACUACAAAGACUCCGUCUUCUACAUCCAGGCCGGCGGCACCCUGAAGAACGCCAUCAUCGGCAAGAACCAGGCCGAGGGCGUCCACUGCAACGGGCACUGCACGCUCGAGUUCGUCUGGUUCGAGGACGUCUGCGAGGACGCCAUCUCCAUCAAGAACGACAAGGCCGGCAAGCAGACCUGGAUCAUCGGCGGCGGCGCCUACCAUGCCUCCGACAAGGUCAUCCAGCACAACGGCUGCGGUACCGUCAACGUCAUCAACUACUACGUCGAGGACUACGGCAAGCUCUACCGCUCCUGCGGCAACUGCAAGUCCCAGUGCAAGCGCACCGUCAACCUCGAGGGCAUCACCGCCAAGAACGGCGGCGAGCUCGCCGGCAUCAACAGCAACCUGGGCGACCGCGCCACCCUCAAGAACGUCUGCGCCGACGCCAAGACCAAGUGCCAGAAGUACAACGGCUGCGCCGGCGGCUGCGAGCCCAAGAAGGCCGGCACCUGCUAAGCCUGCUCCUCCCCAACAUUUGUUGCGCUGGGACAAGGUUGCUUUGCUUCGAGGACAUGUGCCAUCGCACGCUCAUCUCGGACGAGUGAGACGAUGGACAAGAGCCGGUGGAUUGUUUGAGUAAAAACAUGAGAUCACGGAGGGCUCCGGGAAAGUCCGACAUCAACAAAACAACACACUUGGGAGUAUAAACUUUCUGCGUCUCGGGCGUGCCCGGGACCGUUUUCAGACCAACCUGUACAUACACACAUUUUUGGAAAAACCCACGUAUAUAUCUAUCACUUUCUAC